UAUCCCUUGGCAGGAACCCCCAGACUGUUUUUUCUCCUCAACGCGAACUCGGAGUAUAUAAUUGCUAGAAACCCCACGGCUUUGCUCCGACUUUUCUUUUCUUUCCAUUCUCUCCUCUUCUCCCGUCUGCCAUCCUUCUACUUUCACCUGUUUUCUGUUCUAUAUACUUGCAAUUGCACAGUUCUGGCAUAAAGCAGCAUAAUCCACACAUACCCCACUACCCCUCCAUCAAGAUGGCAGAAGUUACCAUCACCGGCUGGGACACUCGCGAUGUGCGAUUCCCAACCUCUCUCGACAAAACUGGCUCAGAUGCCAUGAACGCAGCAGGAGACUAUUCUGCCGCAUACUGCAUCUUGAAGACCGACUCCCAAUUCUCCGGUCACGGCAUGACCUUCACAAUUGGCCGCGGUAACGACAUCGUCUGCAAAGCCAUCGACAACGUCGCCGACCGCAUCAAGGGCCGCACGCUCUCCUCCCUCGUCGCCAACUGGGGCGAGACAUGGCGGCACCUAGUGUCCGACUCACAACUCCGCUGGAUCGGGCCCGAGAAAGGCGUCAUCCACCUCGCUCUCGGCGCCGUCGUGAACGCCAUCUGGGAUCUCUGGGCCAAGACGCUGAACAAGCCCGUCUGGAGGAUCGUGGCGGACAUGUCGCCCGAGGAGUUCGUCCGCUGCAUUGACUUCCGCUAUAUUACUGAUGCGAUUACGCCUGAGGAGGCAAUUGCUAUGUUGAAGUCUGAGGAGGGGGGUAAGGCCAAGAGAUUGCAGGAUGCGUUGGAUAGUAAGGCUGUGCCGGCUUAUACUACUAGUGCGGGGUGGUUGGGAUAUGGAGAGGAGAAGAUGAAAGGUCUGCUGGAGGAGACGCUGGCGAAGGGGUACAGACAUUUCAAGUUGAAGGUCGGCACGUCGGUUGAGGCGGACAGGAAGCGGUUGACUAUUGCGAGAGAAGUUAUUGGUUACGACAAGGGCAAUAUUUUGAUGGUUGAUGCUAACCAGGUCUGGUCCGUCCCCGAAGCCAUUGAGUACAUGCAACACCUCAAAGAAUUCAAGCCCUGGUUCAUCGAAGAGCCCACCUCCCCCGACGACAUCCUCGGCCACAAGGCCAUCCGCGAGGCUCUCCGCCCCCACGGCAUCGGCGUUGCCACCGGAGAAAUGUGCCAAAACCGCGUGAUCUUCAAACAACUCCUCGCCUCAGGCGCCAUCGACGUCUGCCAGAUCGACGCCUGCCGUAUGGGAGGUGUCAACGAAGUCCUCGCCGUGCUCCUCAUGGCCAAGAAGUACAACGUACCUAUUGUGCCCCAUUCCGGCGGUGUUGGUCUACCUGAAUACACUCAGCAUUUGAGUACCAUUGACUAUGUCUGCGUCAGUGGGAAGUUGAGCGUUUUGGAAUAUGUUGAUCAUUUACAUGAGCACUUCAACCACCCUUCCGUCAUUAAGGGUGGUUACUACCAGACUCCUAUGGAGCCCGGGUACAGUGUGGAGAUGAAGCCAGAGAGCAUGGAUCUCUUCAGCUUCCCUGGUGGACCUGGUGGAUGGUGGAAGAGUGACGAGGCAAAGCCUAUCUUGGAAGGUAUCAAGAUAUAAAUCUUUGCUUCUUGGCAGUUGCGGGAAUGAAGGGGUCGGCAGUUUUCAUGAUGGGCUGUCAACUGUAGGGAAACGAUGGCAUCCUAUAGUACACUUUCGUCGUAUAGACGAAGUGUAUUCCUUGGUAUUUUAUUGCAGGUGGUGGGGCUCGAGAUGGUCUCGUGCGCAGUGCAACGAUGGCAUACUGUAUAGCUAGACGGGACGGCUGGCUAUCCCUGAUGUAUAUUGGACGAGAAAGAUACGGAUUGGAUAUUGGGGUUCAAAAAUGGGUGUCGAGAGUUUUCAUGUUGGGCUCCUUCGGCAGCAGGGCAACGAUGGCAUCCUGUAGUCACCGCUUAUUAUUGGUGUUCUCCUGUAGCGAGAAUUGAUUAUUCGAGCUA